UUGCUUAGAAGCUAAAACAAUAAACAUCCGGGUUUUGUAAGCGUGUAGUCUGUCGCUGCAUGAUGACGUUAAAGGUAGGCCAUAAACAAAAUAAACAAAACUCUCCUUAGUUACCGCUUGGACGGGGACUUGUGGUGCGUUUCAAAACCAUGGAAAUCAAUUUCGGAUGACUCUAUGAUUAAAAUACACGUUCACAUGUAUUCUGAAGGAACAUGUUUCACAACAUGAUAAAAAAAAAAAAAAGAAAAACGUCAAUGUGCUUCAGAAUGUGUGAAUUCUAAAUGCGGCUGGCUUCAAAAAUAUUUCUGCUUAUAGUUGUGACAACGAAUAACAAUGAAUAUAUUAAGAUUUUGACAGGAGCGCGAACGAACAAGAUUUCAUAAAAGCAUAAUUGCUGAGGCAAAAGCGUGGAGAUGCCGGGGAUCGAACCCGGGGCCUCAUACAUGCAAAGCAUGCGCUCUACCACUGAGCUACAUCCCCGUCCAUUACACCCAUUCAAAAAUCUUUUUUAAUUAUAAAGAAAUUCUAUGUAGGCCCGUGAGUUGAUGCAGAAGCUAUGACGUCCAUCUGUGCUGUCACAAGGGUGGAAAAUAGAUGCAUGACUUUAGGAGUCAGGCAAAGCUUUGUGAUGUCAUGCAUGUUCACAGGAUGGCUUAGUGGGUGUGCAUCAACGUUCUAUCUUUAUAGUGUGCUGUGGACAGUUGUUUCCACCCAUUUGCAAGCGAUCACGCUAUUCAUAGAGGUAUAAUUUCAGACAAGUAAGGAUGCCUCCUAAAAAAGGCAAAGGAAAAAAGGAGAAAAAGGGGAAAAAGGGGAAAAAGGGGCCCAAAGCACCACAAGAGCCCGAGCCUCCGCCCGAAUUGUCAGACGAGGUGAAGGCCCUCAUAAGCCAAGUUGAACAGCUCCAAAUAGAUGUGGAAACGGAAAUGAAGGAGAGGAACAAGUUCCAGCUGGAAGUGGACAUGCUCUGCACCUUCUGGGAGGUGACAGGCCAACAACUGGAGGAGACCAACGCUGAGUAUGUCAACCUGUACAACGAAAUUGAGACGGACGAGCUCAACCACCGACAAGACAUCAAAGAGUACUUGGGAGGAAUCAAGCUCUACAAGGAAGAUCUCAAGAAGCACCAGGAAGACUUUGAAAAGCAUGUGCGUAAGGUUGAGGAGUUGGAGGUAAAGCCUUACGAGAAGGAGCGUGCUGAGAUGAUACUGGACGAACAGCUGGACAUCGAGGACACUGUCAACACGCUGAAGGCCAAGCACAACGAAGACAUGGCUAGAAGAGAACAGGAGAUGAAUGAGCAGCUCCUGCAGACGGAGCAAAAGUACAAGAAGAAGCUGGAGCUGCUCCAACACGACCUGACCAACAAGGAGAAGACCAAACUGAGCGAGAGAGAGUACUACUGGAGUAACCUCAUCCACAAUCUGCAGCAAGACCACGACCAACGCUACAGCAAGUUUGACGCCUUCGUCAAUGAGUGCAAGACGAAGGACCUGCACCAUAAGGACAAGCUAAGGAAACAAAUCCAAGUCUUUGUCGCCACGGAGGAGGAUAAAAACCAGCGUGUGGAUGGAUCGAUGGAUAUCAAAAUGCUGAAACAAGAGCAAAAGGCUGUCCAGGGGCAAAUUAUCAAACUGCAAAAAUCCUUGAGGAAUCCCAUCAUAAAGAUGCACCCUAAUGAGAGGGUCAAACAUCUGGAACUGAGCAAGUUAAAUCAAGACUAUGAGUCGCGGGAUCAGAAGUUCAAGCAACUCGAGCGGGACAUGGAAGAGAUCCACCAUACGUACUGUGAAAACCUCCUUGACAUCCAGUGGAAGGCUGAUCAGGAACAUGCGGAAAUGGAAGCCCAACUGGCCGCACUGAAGGAAAAAAUCCAAAACCUCCAGUCUCUGGUUUGCAUGCGGCUCUUCGGCAUCGAGAUUCCAGCCACAGGGUCUCUUGUAAAACAAGCGGCGGUCAACCAGGCGGACGAAGCGGGACGUAGCCCAGGACACUGGAGCCACAAGACCAGACUCAACCAGACGGUCACCUGGCAGCUGCAAAAUGUCAAGGAGCUUCUUCAAAGAGACGUGGAGACUGCCGUCAAGGAGAGGUCGGCUCUGACUAAACUCAUCAACGAGAAGGUCGACGAGGUGUUCCAGGCCAAGAAAGCCCUCCAAAAAGUUGCAUGGCAGCUCGAAGUGGCGAAAAAGUUCAAAUCAGGCAAAGUCCCGCCAGAAUUCUGUCCUGAACCCUUGGAGACACCGCUCCACCUCCAGGACGACAAGCAACCCAUGGGCGGCCUGAUGGAAGAAGUCAUCAGGAUUGCGUGCAAGGAUCCCCCGACCGACUCCCAAAACAGGUUAAGCUCCUUGAUGUGCGAUCAAGUGCUGGACAGGCAGUUGAGGAACAGCAAGGAGCUCCUGCAGAGUCACGCCGAGGUGGCCACCAAGAGGAGGACGCAACUCAUCCUAAUAUUGAACGACAAGACGCACGAGCUGCACGGCCUUCAACGCAAAAUCAAAGACACCAUCAAGGAGCUGGAGAAGCAGAAAUUAGCCGCCGACCAGAAUCUGAGCGUAUGCGGAGCUUUGCUACAACUCAAGUAAAAUGUGGUCCAUUUUACCUUAUUGCAAAAGUGACUUAAAAAAAAAAAAACAUGAAAAUGUAACGAAACGAGGAAUAAAGACAACAUGGCAAGAAA